AUGAUGUACAUGAUGACUGGAAAAAUCGGUGACAAGGACAAUCGCUCAAAUAGUAAGAUGCCAAAAAUAGACUUUCAUGAUCAUGUCUCCUGUGAAUUAUUUGCUGCUAGGGAUCUUUACCCAACUCCUUUGGAAGUUUCUAGUAAAGAUGAUGUUGCAGUAAGCAGAAUCCGUAUGAGAUCAUUCACAAACCCAGAUACAUUCUGGUGGUGGUCUGAAUGACAAAGACAGUAAGACACCAUGUCAAAACAAAAAAAAUUUCAAGUUUUCCACAACCGGUCUUCAUUGGACUGAUAGCAUGGCAGAAUGACCACUAUAUUUGUCAAGUAAUAUAGAAGGUGGAAGAGAUUGUCGAGAACUGUAUGGAAGACGAUGGUAGGGAGGAAGAAGGAUGAUGCAGAAAGUAAACAACCCAUUUGAGCACCCAAUAACUUUGCCAUAAAAUACAAGCCCAUCCUGCGGUCACAAGUUUGACCGCUCUUUACUUGGUGCUCCUGACCUUCUGCUCUUUUUGACCGUUUUUUACUUGGUUUCAAGAAAUACACAUAUUAUUGUGACUUAACUAGAAAAAGGUUCAAAAGGGAUUAUAAAAAAGAACUACAAGGUUACAAAGUACUUAAAAAGGAGAAGUGGAAGGACUUUGUGUCAUUUAUUCAAGGAUGGAGUUGUUCUUGCACACAUCCCAUUCUUCACUGGACUAAUAAACAAACUCCUCAAUCACAGAUCCAUUAGAAUCCAGACAAAGAUUGUUGGUAGUAUGGGAAUGGAAUCCCUCAUACAACUCUA